AUGACAUCGAGUAUGUUGGCUGGAGAGCGGAGGUGGGCCUCUGCAAGAAGAGGUGGCAUGAUUGUUUUGGGGAAAGUUGCUGUUCCUAAACCUCUGAAUUUACCUAGCCAAAAGUUAGAGAAUCAUGGUCUGGAUCCAAAUGUUGAGAUUGUUCCCAAGGGUAGCCUUAGCUGGGGAAGUCGGCCAUCUUCUUCAACCUCAAAUCCUUGGGGUGCAUCAGCAGUAUCACCAAAUUCUGAUGGUAACACCGUUUCACCACGUCAUCCCACUGGCCGCCCAUCAUCUGGCGGGGGCCUCAGUCGACCAUCGACAGCUGGCAGUGAAAGAACCCAUGAGCCUUCUGCUGCUAACACAUGGGGUCCAAAUUCCAGGCCAUCAUCUGCUUCAGGGGUAUUAACGUCAAACCAGUCAACACUAACAACCUCACGCCCACUCAGUGCAGAGACAAGACCUGGUAGCUCGCAUUUAUCCCGUUUUGCUGAACCCACAUUUGAUAAUUCCAUGGCGUGGGGCCCUAAUGUUACUUCAGAUAAGCUUUCAAUACCCUCCAAGGGUAAUGAUUUUUCUCUGAGUUCCGGGGACUUUCCAACUUUGGGUUCUGAAAAAGAUGCAAAGAGUAGCGAACCACAUGAUCAUGAAUCUCAUGUUCGUCCUGGCUCAGCCUCUGGCAGAACUGCACCUUUCAAAGAGAGAAACGAAAUGUCUCAGCAUGAUACCAAGAGUGGAAGUGUUGAAACUUGGACAAGAGAAGGUCCACCACAUGUUGAAGAACACUGGCAAGGGGAACCACACCAAUAUCUGAACCCUAAUGUCCCCCCUCAACAUUUUGAUGCAUGGCGUGGCCCACCAAUGAAUGCACCUGGUGUUUGGUAUAGAGGACCACCACCACCACCUGGAGGUCCACCAUACCCCCCUGUUCCUCAUGGCGGCUACCCAAUGGAACCUUUCCCUUACUAUCGCCCUCAGAUGCCGCCUCCUUUAGCAAAUUCACAACAGGGGCCCGGUCCAAGAGGCCAUCAUCCAAGAAACGGAGAUUUUUAUAGACCCCAGAUGCCUGAUGCUUUUAUACGCCCCGGUAUGCCUAUCAGGCCUGGGUUUUACCCUGGUCCUGUGCCUUACGAAGGGUAUUUUGGUCCACCAAUGGGUUAUAAUCACAAUCCCAAUGACCGUGAUAACCCGUUUAUGGGAAUGCCACCUGGACCUCCUGUUUACAACAUGUGUCCACCUCAAAACCCUUCGGAGCUUGGUGAUCCCCAUUUUAGAGGUGGCGUGCGUGGGCCCCCCGGAAACAUGUAUGUUCCGGAACAAUUGGAUUCUGUUCCUCCACAUGAAGAGCCUCGUGGGCCAUACAAAGUUCUUAGGAAACGUGAAAACGAAAGGAAUGCUGACGUGGACGAGGGUAGUUGGGAGAAUCAGACUGCAACAAACUCACUGGCUUUAGAAAAGAAUGAGCAGCCACAGCCAAGACCAUCAUUCCACAAAAGUGACACCAGAAGGAACGAAGAUAUGCCUUCUAGAAGAAACACACUUGUUGAGAAUAAUCCUCCUCCUUCCAGGAUGUUAGGAAGCCAAAAUUACCCUUCUAAUUCUAAAGCAUCCAGUGAGAGUUGGGGUAAAAGAUCAGAAACUGUGACACCUGUUUCAGAGGUGGCUCAGGAUGUUUCAGCUAACCCUAAAGAUGCAAGCUUGAUACAAAAGAUUGAAGGUUUGAAUGCGAAAGUACGCGGGACAUCUGAUGUUGCAUCUGGUAAUUUAAAAGAGGAGCAAAAGAAUAAUAGGUUAGUUAACAACCCAAACCCCAAGGACAAUUCUACCCUUACAUUUGGUACGAUUUCCAACACUGAAGAUCUUGCCCCUCCUCGUGACAUCAAUCUUUCUAAAGAUAAUACCUCUAAAUCCACCACCGCAAGCGCAUCAGUAGUCUCAAGGCAACCGCAUCAUGGAUUGCGAAAAGGAAGACCAGUUAAUCAAGAUAAUGAUGGGUGGCGAAAGAAAUCUCCAGUUCCAAGUUCUGAGAAUGUAGUUCAUGUUUCUGAAGAGAACCCUGAAACUAAGAACACAGGCGAUUCUCUGACUCCAAUGGUUGACCCUGCUGAUGGUCAAGCACAGCGUGCUAGGAUGAGGGAGUUGGCGAAACAGCGUGCAAUUCAAUUACAAAAGGAAGAGGAAGAGAGAAUAAGGGAACAGAAAGCAAAGGCCCUUGCGAAAUUGGAAGAGUUGAAUAGGCGUACAACAUUAGCAGCAGAUGGUACAACACAGACUGCUGAAGCUUCUGCUACUGCUACUAGUGUUGUUGCUGAGCAGGAGGAUGUGGAGGGUUCAUCCCAAAAACCAAAAACGGGACCAGAUACUGAUACUAGCAAAGUGAGUUCAGAUUUGGACACAAAAGGUCAAUCUCAAGCAGUUGUCCAAGUCAGCAACAGUAAGAACAGUGAACAAGAGGCUGUUGUUGAUGCUGAAAAGCCUGAAAGCAAAACUGUUCAUGUCCCAUUAUCAACAACACAACAACAACAACAACAAAGAAAGAGAAAUAACAAGAGUAGCAAGAAUAAGCCUAAAGUUGAUGAUGUGAUGGAAGGUGACGUGGCUAAGGUUUCUUCAGAACCAACCUCUCAUGUUGAAGUAGAUUCAAGCAAGGAUUCGAUGCAGCAAUCUAACAUCCAGUAUAAUAAAGGUCAGCAGCACUCGAGAAGGAUGCCAAGGAAUCCACAAGCUAAUAAUAACAAUAACAGAUCAGCAGAUAGGUUUCAUGGGAAUGAUGGUGUUGUGUGGGCCCCUGUUAGGGCCCACAACAAAGAAGAUCGUGGUGAUGAGCACAGUCAAGGUCAAAGCCAAAGAGUUAUUCAGGAUGAUGUGGUGGUGCCAGUGAAGACGUCCGUCCAGACUAAUCUGAAAAGCAGAAGGGCAGAAAUGGAAAGAUAUGUUCCGAAACCAGUAGCUAAAGAACUGGCACAGCAAUCAACACCAUCUUCACCCAUGAAAGGUGCAUUAGAAGAAGAUGCAUCACAAGAAGUGGUUGUUCAACCUGUAGUUCCAGUAUCAUCUGAUAGUAAUAAUAAUAAUAAGCAAAAUAAGGCGCAGAUGAAAUCCCAGCAACAGGGAGUGUCUGUAAAGAAAAAUCAUAAUAAUCAGAAAGCUGCAGGUGUGGGUGUGAGCCAGAAGAGUGAAGCUACAGGUGAAAUGAAUGUGAUGCAUGACUGGGACCCGUCUGAUGGGUGGUUUAUGCCUGAAUAUCCUCCCCCACCACCACCAACAACAACAACCAAUACAACCAGUGUUGUGAAAGAUGAAGGUGGUGGUAAUAAAGGAAAGAAACCAACAGCAGCAUAUAACAAGAGUCAGAGUAGGAGCACAGCGACAGUGGCAGUGAAAAAUCAUCAGGAUGAAGCCGAGGUAAUAACAGAAAGGCCUACUUCUGCGAAAGAGAAUCGUUCUACUCAUUGGCAACCAAAACCUCAAGCUCAAGCAGCAGCAUAUAAAGGUCAAGGUGGUGGUGAGGAACAUCAUCAUGGCGGUGAAGAGGGUAGAAGAGAGAGAAAGCCAAGAGGAGGAGGAGUACGGAUUCAUUCCCCAAAUAAUAACAUGGAAGAUGAAUCCCCUCCAUUUGAGCAGCAGCAGCAGCAGCCAGGUUUUAGGAAGUAUGGGCAAAACAACCGUGGUGGUGGUGGGCGGCAGCAUAAUAGCAAUAAUAACGCAAACAUAAACCGGGAAAGGCCAAGGCAAAAUCUGCAUUACGAGUAUCAGCCAGUCGGAUCAAACAAACUGGAUGCAGGUGCAGGUGUAGCUGAUGGGUCUGGGAAUUCAGGGGGUCAGAGGUACAAAGAGAGGGGUCAAGGUCAAUCAAGGCGGGGUGGCGGCGGCGGCGGUGGGGGUAACUUUUAUGGGCGGCAAUAGUGGUGGUGAUUGAAGAGAAGUCAGAUGAUGUUUACUCUUUUUUUUUGGGGUCAGAAAAUUGGUGGGUGGUGUGAAGGUAGGGGCAUGCAUGCAUUGAGCAGAGAGAAUAGAGUUUGGGUUGUUUAGGGCGGACAGACAGACAGAGAGAGUGAGGAAGGCAAAGUGUUGCAGUUUAUUACACGAGAGGGAGGGACGUGGCGGUUUCUUAUGUGAGUGUUCUGAAUAUUGUAAUGUCUUUCUUGUUAUUAGGAGAGGAGCUAUACAUUGUGUCGUGUUGUGGAAGGAAGGAGAGAGAUGAGAUGAGAUGAGAUGAGCCCCUUCUUGUUUGGCCUAAUAUUGUUUUAAACUGACUGGUUUGCCCUGAAUAUUUGGUAGAUAGAUCUGAUCUGAUGUCAUGAACCUUGUUGUUAUUGUUUCACUCUUUCAUCUAUAGCAUCUAGCUAAUUCUCAGUUAACGUUACAUCAUGUCCUCAAGCUGUUUUUAGUUACAAUCAAAUGCCCUAUUAUUUCUUUUCA